CUCGCCAUGGUGGAGCAGGGAGACGCGGCGCCGCUGCUGCGCUGGGCCGAGGGCCCCGCGGUCUCUGUGCCGCAGGACCCCGCGUUGCAGGCCGGAGGAUGGGCUCGGGGAGGCAGCGGGGGCGGCCGGGUGACCGUGGAAGGUCCCCGAAGGCGGGAACCCGAGGAACCAGCUCCCCCCGAAGUGCUGCUGCAGCCCGGGCGCCUGGAACUGGGCGACGUGGAAGAGGACCAGGUGGUGGCCGUAUUCGUGGUUACCUUCGAUCCCCGCUCCGGAAACAUGGUAGAAUGGUGCUUACCUCAGGAUAUUGACCUUGAAGGUGUCGAGUUCAAGUCGAUGGCCAGUGGGUCCCAUAAAGUCCAGUCUGACUUCAUCUAUUUUCGGAAGGGCCCCUUCUUUGGCCUGGCAUGCUUUGCCAACAUGCCUGUGGAGAGCGAGCUGGAGCGCGGCGCACGGAUGAAGUCUGUGGGUGUCCUCUCUCCGUCCUACACCCUGCUUUACCGCUACAUGCACUUUUUGGAGAACCAGGUUCGACACCAGCUGGAGAUGCCGGGACAUUACUCUCAUCUGGCUGCAUUCUAUGAAGACAAGAAAGGGGUGCUCCAUGCUGGACCCGGAAGGAGUGGCAGCCUGCCACCCGUCUACUGGCUGCCUUCCAUCCACCGCUACAUGUAUCCCGAGAUGAAGAUCACACACCCAGCUGGCUGCAUGUCCCAGUUCAUUAAGUUCUUCGGAGAACAGAUCCUCAUCCUUUGGAAGUUUGCCUUACUCCGAAAGCGCAUUCUGAUAUUUUCUCCCCCACCUGUGGGCGUUGUGUGCUACAGAGUGUACUGUUGCUGCUGUCUGGCCAAUGUCUCUCUGCCCGGCAUUGGGGGCACCAUCCCUGAGUCCAAGCCUUUCUUCUAUGUGAAUGUGGCUGACAUCGAGAGCCUGGAAGUUGAGGUGUCCUAUGUAGCCUGCACCACAGAGAAGAUAUUUGAGGAGAAGCAGGAGCUGUACGACGUCUACGUGGAUAACCAGAAUGUAAAGACACACCAUGGCCACCUGCAGCCCCUGCUGAAGAUCAACAGUGCGGACAGGGAGAAGUACCGUCGGCUCAAUGAGCAGAGGCAGAUGCUGCUGUACUCCCAGGAAGUUGAAGGAGACUACAACCCUUGUGAAGAGGACCUCUUUGUGCUGUUUUUCCUAGAGCAAAACAACCGGAUUUUUCAGACUCUGUUGGAGGUGUCGGCUAGUCAAGACAAAACUCUAACAGCUGAGCACGCCCGAGGCAUGGGACUGGAUCCCCAGGGAGACAGGAGCUUUCUCAUGGACCUGCUGGAGGCCUACGGCAUUGAUGUCAUGUUGGUCAUCGAUAACCCCUGUUGUCCAUAGGCAGAGUAACAGGACUGGUGGUGAGCCACUGACGGGGGUGACAGGAGCCUGGAGUGCACCCCAGGCCCUCAGCAGCUUCAACG